GAAAAACGAAUUCGUAACCAUAUUAAAUUGAUUAAUGAUAAUUACAAUGUGAAGCUAUUUCUUAAGCAUACAAUUGUCAACCAACACCUCACUCUUUGAAGAAUCUUACGUCUCUAAGCGGCCGUAUAAGUUACGAAGAUUUGUUUAUCGUAAACCGUUUGUCGGCCGGCCGUCUUAGUUUAUGUUCAUAGUCUUCUCCAAUGAAUUCUUAGUAAAAUAGUGACUAAAAAAUAGUAUAUUUUAACUGAAAUUUGAACUUAAAAAUGAUAUAAAUACCCAUAGUAAAUAGUAUCAUAUUUGGCUAAUUGCAAUUGACAAAGCUAUGGGUUAUAGCACUAACCCUUCUUUUAAUCCUCUCUUAAUCUCCAUAAUUAUCCUCUGUGCAACGGUGUACACAAUUCCUCAAAUCUCAGCCGUUGGAUAUCCAAUCAACGUUUGGCCCAAGCCCACCACAUUCAACUGGUCACGCCCACAGGCAAUCCCACUCUCUCCAAAUUUCACAAUCUCCGCCCUACCCCACCGCUACCUCACCACCGCCGUCCAACGCUACCUCCGCCAAAUUCUAACCGAGCACCACCGCCCCCUCGUACCCCCACCACUCAACCUUACGUCAGCGCCGCCUCUCGCCACCCUCACCGUCACCGUCUCCGACGUCGCCUCCCCGCUGAGCCACGGCGUCAACGAGUCGUACUCCCUCACCAUCCCCUGCGCCGGAGGCGCGGCGGCGUUGGACGCUGCAACCCCAUGGGGGGCGAUGCGGGGGCUGGAGACUUUCUCGCAGCUCGUGUACUCGAAUCCGUCGAGGGCGGCGUGCGGGUUGUACAUUUCCGACGCGCCGCUGUUUGCGCACAGGGGAAUUAUGCUCGACACUUCGAGAAAUUACUUCGGAAUUGGGGAUUUGCUGCGGCUAAUUAGGGCAAUCAGUAUGAAUAAAUUGAACGUCUUCCAUUGGCAUAUCACCGAUUCCCAUUCGUUUCCGUUGGUGGUGCCGUCGGAGCCGGAAUUGGGGGCGAAAGGAGCCUACAGCGAGGAGAUGAUGUACACGGCGGCGGACGUGCAGACGGUGGUGGAAUACGGCAUGGAGUUUGGGGUUAGGGUUAUACCGGAGAUUGAUAUGCCUGCACACACAGGAUCAUGGGGUGAAGCUUACCCCGACAUUGUCACCUGUGCAAACAAAUUCUGGUGGCCGGCGGAAUCCGAUUGGACUGACCGGUUGGCGGCGGAACCGGGAACCGGUCAACUAAACCCCUUAAACCCCAAAACCUACGAAAUAGUCAAAAACGUCGUAAACGACGUCGUUUCAAUGUUCCCCGAUCAAUUCUACCAUGCAGGAGCCGACGAAAUCACUCCAAAUUGCUGGAAAAUCGACCCUUUAAUCCAAGCUUUUCUUUCCAAAAACGGAACUCUAAGUCAGAUUCUUGAGACCUUCGUUAAUUCCACUCUACCGUACAUCGUAUCUUUAAAUCGAACGGUGAUAUAUUGGGAGGAUGUUUUGUUGGACGCCAAUGUCAAAGUCUCCCCUUUGUUUCUCCCACGAGAAAACGUAAUUCUUCAAUCCUGGAAUAGCGGGCCGAUUAACGUAAAAAAAAUCGUGGAUUCCGGUUAUCGUGCUAUAGUUUCUUCGUCGGAUUUUUAUUAUUUGGAUUGCGGGCAUGGUGAUUUCAUCGGAAACGACAGUGAGUAUAAUCUGCCGCCGGGCACCGAUCAGGGACAGGGCGGGUCGUGGUGCGGGCCAUUCAAGACGUGGCAGACGAUUUACAACUACGAUAUAACGUAUGGAUUGACGGAGGAGGAAUCGAAGCUUGUGAUUGGUGGGGAGGCGGCGUUGUGGUCGGAGCAAGCUGAUUGGACGGUUCUGGACGCUAGGGUUUGGCCUAGGGGGGCGGCGAUGGGGGAGGCGUUGUGGUCGGGGAAUAGGGACGAAAUGGGGAAUAAGAGAUUUGCGGAGGCGACUGAUAGGUUGAGUGAGUGGAGAUGGAGAAUGGUGACUCGGGGGAUUGGGGCUGAGCCUAUUCAGCCACUCUGGUGUAUCAAGAAUCCAGGCAUGUGUAACACUGUUCAUCCAUUUUAGCUUGCCUAGUCUUCUAGAACCUUUUUUCUUUUUUUUUUUUUUUUCUUUCUGAAUUUCUUUUGGUGAGUGUUAUUACAUUUGGUGGAAUGAAAUUGAAACCAUUUUUCUGAUGAUAUCUCAAAUUCUUGUUCCUUUGGUGUACAUGAGAGAGAGAGAGAGAGAGAGAGAGAGAGAGAGAGAGAGAGAGAGAGAGAGAGUACAUGAGAGAGAGAUCCUUCCAAUUUUUGGACAAUCACACAAAACAGUUUUACAUUUUACAUGAAAAAAAGGAAGAAAAAAAAAA